AUGUGUCCCAGUCCUAGUCCAGUCCGAUUUAUUGGGGACAGGCAGCACGCGAGAACUCGUACUCGUGUUGAUCGUGAACCUAAGCUGACUGCUGCAAAGAUUGAUACAAGCUCUGACAAUGAUGAUGCUAGUGAUAAUUCUGGGUCUCAGGCUGACAGUGGGGAUCAUAGUGACUCUGACUCUGAUAAUGAUACUGGUGGCCAGAGUGCCAAGAUUACGUCUGCUACUGUUCGCAUAGGUCCACCUUCUAGAGCUAAGCGAACUCAGCCCAGUGAACCUAUCACUGCUACUGCUGAUGCUUCUGAUGAUAGUAUUUUGGAUGUGAAAAUGCACAGUCCUCCUCAUGGACAGUCAUCUCAGCAUGGCCAGGCCCGCAAUGUUAAGGCUAUUGGAAGUUCUAGUGGUUCUCAAUUAGUUAGAUCUAGUGGAGCAUCUAAACCAUAUGGAGCCACUAUCCAUGGCAAGGCUCUGGGAAAUGCCCCAAACAUAGGGGAUUUUGAUCCAGCUGGGGAUGACAUUUCUAUCGAUAUUGAGGGCACUGUCAACUUAUUCCCUUCCAAUACCCGCCCAACCACCAUAGAUAUUGAUGAAGCAGCUGUCAUUGCAGUAACAAUUCCAUUUGAAGGGGCUUUGGCACCCCUUCUUCAACAUGUUGCAAAGUAUUAUUCUCCAAUGUCUGAAACACAAAUGGAUAGUCAAGGAUGCACAAAUCCUUUCGCGAUUAUAUCACGAGUGAUUCUGCAUAAAGUGAAAAGCACUCGGUUUUGGGUAACUCAGAUUUUGGAAAUUUUUGACUUUUUGGAUCUGGGUUCCAAGGGUACUUUCAGGGGUCCUGUUACUUGCCACAUUCAACAUGAAUUUGGAUGUCUGGACUCUGUGUUUGGAGAUCUGCUGGAUGAGCGUGCCAAACACAGUCACGAAGGUCAUGAUCCUGUGACACAUAUGGUAACGCUGUCACAACUUGCUAAUUAUCGAUGGACUUUCGAAACUUGUUCGAAACAGGAUCUUGCGUCCAGCUUGCAUCCCGACGAAAACGCACCUCUUCAAAUCCAGCGACUGGUGUUGCAAAGGCGAGGCAGAUAG